CAGGCAUCGUGCCCCCAGCGGCGGGGCGACAGGCAUCGGGCCCCCAGGAGGGGCGACAGGGCAUCGGGUCCCCCAGAGGGGCGACAGGCAUCGGGCCCCCAGGCGGGGCGACAGGCAUCGGGCCCCCAGGCGGGGCGGACAGGCAUCGGGGCCCCCCAGGCGGGGCGACAUGGCAUCGUGCCCCCAGGCGAGCGGCGGGCGCCGGACCCCCAGGCGGAGCGACAGGUCUCGGGCCUCAGGCGGAAGCGUCAUCCAGCGACGGGCGCCGGACCUCCAGAAGGAGCGACAGGUCUCGGAGCCCUCAGGCGGAGCGGCGGGCGCCGGACCCCCCGGCGGAGCGACCAGGUCUCGGGCCCUCAGGCGGAGCGGCAGGCGCCGGAACCCCCAGGCGGAGCGACAGGUCUCGGGGCCCAUCAGGCGGAGCGGCGGGCCGCCCGGCGGACCCCCAGGCGGAGCGACAGGUCCUCU